AUGUCCAGCGCCACCUACCAGAGCUCCUCGUACUACUACAGCACGGCCACAAGCAGCACCAAAGGCACCUCGACAUCCGGCCACCGAUACGCGACAAGCUCGCACACCGACCCAUCGGGUACGACGAUCGUACGCACUGCGCACCAAGACCUCGGCGAACCAGCCAUCGUAUCUGAGCGGCGCUACGAUCGUACGGGCCAAGAACUCGCAACCAGUACCAUCAGUACCAGUACAGCUGGGUUCCAGCGCAUUGCCGAUCUGACCGAUGAAGACUACAACUAUAAUGUAACGUCGACGGAGCCGGCGUCCGUGGAUACUGAUAAUAAUCAGGAUUACUCGCUGCAGGAGAAUGCGCCGCAGGAUACAAUGCUGUCGGCGACAAAUAGCCCUGCGGAUGAUUAUACCGGCAUUGAUGGGGAGCAGUAUCAGGGAGAUGAUGUGGAUGAGGGCGCCAUUGACCCGGUCACGGGGAAGAGGUAUUACUCAAUGCCUUAG